CAUAUUAUUUAUUUGACAGCACCGGUAACACGUGAAAAGGUAUAUUGAAUGCUGAAGAACUUAAAUCGACUCAAAUCAAAGCCAAAUCAAAAUGACGACAGAGGACUAUCAUGACAAGGCUUCAAAGGUUGCAGAGGAACUUCAACAAUAUCUUAAUAAUGCUGAUAAAUACAAAUGGGAAGUUGCUAAAGAAACGAAAGACUUCAAGAUCUCCUGUGUGAAGUCAGAAUAUUUUAGUGGUCAUCUAUAUAAAGGAGAAGCAGAGUACAAUGUACCACCAAAAACAGUAUUUGAAUAUGUGGAACCUCUACCAGAAGGUCCAAGAAUGAAAUGGGACAAAAAUAUGAAAAAGAUAGAAGUCUUAAAAUGGCUUGACAAGGAUUUAAGAAUAAAUCGAGCAUGUACAUCAAGUGCCUGCAUGGGACUGAUAUCACCACGAGACUUUGUUGAUCUCAUAGUCACAAAAGAAACAGAUACAUAUUUAUCCACAAAUGCUAUAAGUUGUGAAUGUGAAGAAUUUCCUGAGGUGAAGAAAUUUGUUAGAGGUUGGAAUUAUCCCUGCGGUGUAGUAGUAUUAAAAUAUUCCCAUAAUCCAAACAAGUGUAAACUAGUCAGUCUGAUACAGCCAGACAUAAAAGGAAUGGUUCCUAAGAACCUGACCGAUGCUGCUAUACCAGGAUCAAUGGCAGAGUUCUUCACUAAUCUUGGUAACUCACUAAAGGAAGAUGGAAAAGUCAUAUCAUAGAGACAGCAUGUUUUACCGAGUCAGACAAACAUAUCGCUUAUUAGUUGAUUUUGUUUUAAAAGCAGAAGAAAGCCGUAAUUUAUUAAUUUAAAUGUGAUCAAAUUGAUUGUGUUUGGCAAACUACUUAAAGAAGAAUGUCAGAAUCAAAUAUUUUAAUAUUCAUUUUAGAUAUAUAUUCAUGUAACAUAUUUGAGUUAAGAAUGGUUUAUAAAAUCUUUUUUUUUUAAAGUUCAUUUAAUAAAGUCAUCCAUAGAAUAUAACAAUUAAAUUUAUACUUAUUGAUUUAUGUGUAUAUUGUGUACCCCCAAAAAAUUAAAAUUCAUAUAUUUUUGUGAUAUUUUACAAGAUAUUAUGUUUUGAUAUUUAUGUGAGUCCGUCUGAAGUGGCAAAAAAUUCAAUUAUAAACCUGAAAUAAACAGGAUUUCAUUUAAUUAUUUCUGGUUUUAAUUUUCAAUUACUAAAUUCAAUUUUGAAAUUACAGAGCAACCAACAUCAAUUGGAAAACCAAAUUUUGCAGUACAUUAUGCAAUAGUAAAGUCUAAAUAAUUAGACUGUUCAUAAUUAGGCGGUUUUUAAUUGAGUUAUUUAAAGUUUGAUGAUGAUGAUGAUAACUAUGGAUAUUUUAUUAAUCUUUUAAUUCAUUUUGUAUUUAGAAAUUGAAAUUCUUUAUUGCUUUUUAAGCUCAAGCUUAGUCCAAUUAGUAUCAAGUACUCCACUUAUUACAAGCCAUCUAUUAAUAUUUCAGUACAGAUGAGCGACUGCAGUUUUUGUAUUACUGUAAAUAGUUUUAACUUUUCUGUUUUUCAAGCUUUCUAAAGUUAUUUGAUCUUUUACGAAACAAUAGAACAGUAUGACAUUUAAAACACGAGCAUUCCAGUUGAAACUAAUUCUGAAAUCUGAAUAUUUUAUGUUCCAAAUCAAUAAUUUUCUUUCUUUUUCCGACAUUAAAUUUUUUUGAGUAGGUGUACCCUCUAGUUAACUCGUUAUAGUUGACAUUUCAGGAAAAUGAUACAGUAAUCAACUUCACUAAAUUAAGAAGACUUGCAUGCUGUAUAAACUGAUAGCCUUAAGCAGUUUUUGUUAACGUAAGAGGAGCGUUGAUUUGUUUAAUAGCAUCCUAGACCAUUUUUGAUAUAUUACGAUAUAAUGGAAACAGUAACCCACUUACAUUUCCAAACCUAAUCUUUUCCUUUAUAAGCUAUUAUUGGAACCAUUAAUUUGUUACAUUUAAUAAUAUGAUGAAAACAAGUCUGGAAAUUUCUAGUCAUAUCUAGCUAUUAUGAAGAGUAUAUAUAAAUGUUUAAUGUGCAUUUAUAUUUUAACAGUUAAGGAGUUGUUUCCCUUUAAUGAUUUAACCUACUAUCCUUUAUAAUAACUUUUAGAACCUUUUUGAUUAGUACUUGUGCACUGUUUUUGAUUACUUUUCUGGCAACAUAUUGAAUCAAAACAUUGGGCUUAUGGCAAAGAACUUUAAUUAAACUUCACAGUUAAUCCAAACACCUACAUGUUUAAUUAAGCAGAUGUGGAAAUGUAAUACUUGUUUCAUGGUAUUCAUUAUUCUCAAUUCUGCUCAAAUGAUUAAUUUUAAUAAGUUAGUGACGUCAGUUUUUUUACAAGGUCUGAUGGUGUUAUUUGGAUGAAUUAUAUAAAAUUAAUAGCACUCUUCUUACAUCUUGUUUUAAGCAGUCAUGUUCAACUUGUUAAAGUUGAAGUUCGUUCUAAUGAGUGUUGAAGCAUAAUUUGUGAAGUAGAGUGCUUGUUACAAAAAGAAAUUCAAGUUAUGCAAUAUUGUUCUACAGAAAAUAUGUUGUGAAAUAUUUUAUUAAGGAUUUCUUGAAUUUCUGUUUGCCACGAUGAAUCCUAUUUACCAGUGAUUUGAUGAAUAGGAUCUCAAAAUUCCUGAUUUUUAUGGGAACAAAGACAAUAUAUAAAAAACUGAACACAAGAAUUACCAAAAACAAUGGACAGCACAGCAGACACAUCAACACCAACACCUGAUUCUGACAAAAAAUACGGAGUUUAGGGUUGUGUCCAUUUCGUUGAACUAGUAUACAUUGUUGUUUAGGGCCAGUCGAAGCAAGUCCCUGGGUGUGGCAUUUUCUCGCUGCCUUGAAGACCCAUUGGUGGCCUUAAGCUGUUUUCUAAUCUUUAAUCGGGUUGUUGUCUCUUUGACACAUCCCCCUUUUCCAUUCUUUAUUCUAAUCAUACAACAACAAAGAACACAUGGUUCUAUAGCCUGACUUGGUACAGGCACAAAAUGUGGUUGGGAUUAAACAAGUUUCAUGAGCCCACAAACCACCCUCUUUACCUAACUAGACCAAAUGUUAUUAAAGUAAAACAAACAAAGAAAAUCUCGCAAGUCAUCAUAGUUUGUGAAUCUAUACGCUAAAUGGUAGAAACUAAAUCGAGCUUAAAUAUAAUUUAGCUAUUUUGUAGCAUGAAAAAAAUGAACCAAGCCUACUCUGUCCAUUAAUUUUGAAGAUUAUUCUUAUUUUCUGAAAUGAUUAUUUUAUCAAGAGUAUUCAAUGAUUACAUCUAGGUUGUAUGAUACCAUGGAAUUAAAUCAUCUGAUUUGGGUCUGUCACAUACAUUCAGACUAUUGCCUAUGUCUACAACUGAAAUAAUUCUAAAACACUUCAAAAUUUACUAUGUUAAAGGUUAAUCAUGAAAACCCCCCAAAAAAGCCAACUUUACAUUAUUUUAAGUACAAAAAUUAAAUAUUAUUUUGAUGAUUAUUUACUUAAAAUAGUUUAUUACUUGUUAUUUUAUAGCACAGACACAAUUUAAGGGGCAUAGUUUAUAUUUACACUUAAUUUGCAAGACAUACAAACACUGCACUUAAAUCAAAAAUAAAAAAUCUUUUUAACCAACAGCAUUAAUUGGAACAAAACUUUAAGGUUGUUGAAAUAUGCAUGUAUAGAAUAGACCCAGAACAAAAAUCUUACCAGUAUGGUCAAAUUAUGGUCAAGAAUUUUAUCAUUAAUAUUUACAUGUAUUUUUGUGAUAUUUAUUUUUGACAAUGAUAAUGUGAUCAGUAUAUUAAAUUCUAUGUGUAUAAGC